AUGGAGUAUCUGGAAAGAACUGAGGAUAUCGAGCGGUACAACAACGGUGGUGAGUUAGGUCCGAGCAUCCCAGAGGCCGUAGAUGACGACUGUGGAGAAGUGGACUGCGCAGCGGCAUUGGAGUUGCUUUUAAAUCAGGUAAUUGUAGGGGAGGAGUCCUUUAAGACUCCAACGAAAGGGAAGGGCAAUGUCUCCAUCAUUAUUCAGAUUGAGGAGGCUGGUGAAGUGGAGAUGGAUGUUGCUUUGCCACCUCCAUCCAUUGGAAUGGUUUUUGAGUCCAUGAUAGAAGUGGAUAAGUAUUUCAGGGAAUAUGGGCAGCAGAAUGGGUUUGGUGUUGUGCGUGCAAGCGGUGCAAAUAAUGGAAAAGGGGCAAAGAGGAAUUGUAGGUGGACAUGUGAAAACUAUGGAAGGCCUGGUCGAAAGAGGAAAAAGAGUGAAGUGGGUUUAGUCACAGAUGCUCAAAUCAGUGAGGAUGAAGAGUUGUGUCCUAAGCGAAAGUCAAAAAAAUGUGAAUGCCCUGUGUUUGUAUAUGCACAUGUGAAUGGUGUAGGUCAGUGGGAGAUAACAAAGGCAAAAAUGGAACAUGAUGGGCAUAGUCCAACCCCUAGUAAAGCGAAGAGUAUAAGUAAAUUUCGAAAGAAGUUUUUGGUGGAAAAUCCCCAUAUUGUGAAGCAGCUAUUUCAAGAAAGAAGGGCAGGGGUGCCAGUUUCUACUAUUUACAGAAGUAUGGCUCGGCACAGGAAUGGGUUGGAGGGGAUGCAGUUUGAGCAAAAAGACUUACAUGAUGAAGUGUCUAAGGAAAGGAAAAGGGUAUUUGAAGAAGGUGAUGCAAAAGCCAUGUUUUCUUACUUUAAGAGAAUGGUAGAUGACAAUUCAAAUUUCUUUCACACAUAUCGAGUUGAUGAAGAAGGAAGGCUUAAGGAUGUGUUGUGGGUAGACGCAAGGAGUAGGGUGGCUUACGAAGAGUUUGGGGAUGUAGUUGUAUUUGAUUCCACUUAUUUGACUAAUGAAUACAAACUUCCUUUUUGCAACUUUGUAGGAGUGAACCAUCAUGGGCAAACCAUUCUUUUUGGAUGUGCGCUUGUCACCCGUGAGAAUGCUGAGACUUUUGAAUGGGUGUUCUCAAAUUGGCUUCGAUGCAUGGGCGACACAGAACCUAUUGGGAUCCUUACUGACCAGGAUCCGGCAAUGAGGAAAGCUCUGAGUCUUGAUUGUGAGGAAUAUGAAGAACGUUGGCGUGACGUUAUUAAGAAAUUCGAAGUUGAAGAUGAUGAAUGGUUGGCAGGCUUGUAUGAAGAACAAGCAAUGUGGGUUCCAGCCUUCUUUGAUGGAUAUCUAAGUAGACACACCCUGCUGCAUGAAUUUGUUGAGCGUUACGUUGAGGCUCUUGAGGUUAGAGCUACAGCUGAAAAGAAAGCUGAUGAUAACAAUGCGAGAUAUGUGAGGAAGGCUUACAGUGACUUCCCAGUUGAGCUUAUAUUCCAGAAUAUCUAUACCGAUGCAAAAUUUAAAGAAGUCCAGCGUGAAUGUAGCCGGUCCCUUUAUGUUAGUCGAAUUGAAAAAGGACUUGUUUCUGAGAGUAUCAUUGAGCAUGUUGUUGAGGAUAGAGUUUGGUACAAGCCGAAAAACUGUACGAAGGAGAAACCUUCAAAGCGGAAGCGGAGAUACAAAACAACCUUCGAUUGUGUUUCUAAAGAAGCUAGUUGCGACUGCAAGCACUUUGAAUGCCACGGUAUUAUUUGUCGUCACAUCAUCAAGGUUUACGAGCUGAAUGAUCACUAUGAGAUACCUGACAAAUUCAUUCUUAGGCGUUGGAGGAAAGAUGUGAUUAGGAAGCACACAAGGGUUAAGGUUGCUUACCAUGACCCAAACAAGACUGACGAGGUUUGUAGGUAUGAUAAAAUGAUGGUCAAGUUUGGUUCACUUAGCACGAAGGCCUGUGUUUAUAAAACCACAACUGAUCUAGUGAUCCAAAGCCUGCAAUUAUUAGAAAUUCAAGUGGAUGAAAAGCUAUCGAUGAUCAAUGGUAGUAACGCACAAGGAGAAGGAUGA